AUGAAAAAUAAAACCGUGUUCACUGAGUUUAUCCUUCUGGGUCUAACAGAUGUUCCUCAGCUCCAGGUGGCAGUUUUCACCUUUCUUUUCCUUGCCUAUUUACUCAGCAUUAUUGGAAAUCUGACUAUCCUCAUCCUCACCUUACUGGACUCACACCUUCAGACUCCCAUGUAUUUCUUUCUCCGAAACUUCUCCUUCUUAGAAAUUUCCUUCACGAACAUCUUCAUUCCCCGAGUCCUUAUCAGUAUCACAACAGGGAACAAGAGUAUCAGCUUUGUUGGCUGCUUUGCUCAAUAUUUCUUUGCCAUAUUCCUUGGGUCCACAGAGUUUUACCUUCUGACUGCCAUGUCCUACGAUCGCUACGUGGCCAUCUGCAAACCCCUGAAUUACAUGACCAUCAUGAGCAGCAAGAUCUGUAUUCAGCUGGUUCUCUGCUCUUGGCUGGCUGGAUUGAUGGUUAUUGUACCACCAAUCAUCCUGAUGAGUCAGCAGGACUUCUGUGCAUCCAAUAGGCUGAAUCACUAUUUCUGUGACUAUGAGCCUCUUCGAGAACUCUCCUGUUCAGACACAAGCCUUAUAAAGAAGGUUGUCUAUUUUGUGGCAUCCGUGACCCUGGUAGUCACUCUGGUACUAAUUAUCCUGUCUUAUACAUUCAUCAUUAGGACUAUUGUGAAGCUCCCCUCUGUCCAGCAAAGGACAAAAGCCUUUUCCACUUGCUCUUCUCAUCUGAUUGUCAUCUCCCUUUCUUACGGAAGUUGCUUCUUCAUUUAUGUUAAACCCUCAGGAAAAAAGGCAGACACAUUUAACAAGGUAGUAGCUCUACUCAUUACUUCAGUUGCACCUUUGUUGAACCCCUUCAUUUACACACUAAGAAACCAACAGGUAAAACAAGCCUUCAAGGAUAGAGUCAAAAAGUUUGUAAAUGUUUAA